GCGUCGGUUCGGUGGCGGUGUGGAGAGAUGGAAGCGGAGAAGGCGGAUGCAGAUAAGACUCGCUCUCACUGUCCCCAAGACUAAGGACGCAGAUCAAACGAUAUUUUCCUGUUUUGUUUUAUAUAUAUAUAUUUUUUUUCCUGCCAAUGUACUAUGAUCUCCGUCGUGCUCGCGGACACCACCCCUCCAAACGCAUCAGUCUAUCUCUGAGCUGUCAAUCAUAUCACGCCGGGAUUUCUACAUGUGAGUGCAUGGCGCGCCGGGCAAGGCGGAUCUGCUCACGGGGUGAAAAAACGCCGGUUAAUAUGGACGAAAGGUCAACCGUCAUCUCAUCAAUUCAAUCUCUCUGAUUAGCGACACUGUCCUAUAGCGUUGCCCAGACCACAGAGCAGGGAAGAUGAUGUGCGAGGUGAUGCCGACCAUCAGCGAGGGAGACACGGGUGGUCCUCCCAGAGGCACCGGUGGCGUCCCGAACGGCUCAGACCAGGAGGCCAACUUCGAGCAGCUGAUGGUCAACAUGCUGGACGAGAGGGACAAACUGCUGGAGUCCCUCAGGGAGACUCAGGAGACCCUCAUUCAGUCUCAGACUAAACUGCAGGGGGCGCUGCACGAGAGGGACGUACUCCAGCGGCAGAUCAACGCCGCGCUGCCUCAGGAGUUUGCCACCCUGACGAAGGAGCUGAACAUAUGCCGGGAGCAGCUGCUGGAGAAAGAGGAGGAAAUAUCUGAGCUGAAAGCUGAAAGGAACAACACCAGGCUGCUGUUGGAGCACCUGGAGUGUCUGGUGUCUCGUCACGAACGCAGUCUGAGAAUGACAGUGGUGAAGAGGCAGGCACCUCCUCCAUCUGGAGUCUCCAGCGAGGUGGAGGUCCUCAAAGCCCUGAAGUCGCUGUUUGAACACCACAAGGCUCUUGAUGAAAAGGUACGUGAGAGGCUUCGGGUGGCUCUGGAGAGGGUGGCCACCCUGGAGGGACAACUAGCAAAUACCACACAAGAGUUGAACAUUGUGAGACAAAGGAAGGACGGUGACUCAGUGGAGCGAACAGAUGGAUCCAAACCUACAUGGAAGAGACUGCCCAACGGCUCCAUAGACGCCCACGAUGAAGGCAACCGGGCGUCGGAGCUUCAGGAGCUGCUGGAUCGGACCAAUAAGGAGCUGGCCCAGAGCCGCGAGCACUCUACCACUCUCAGCGCCCGUUUGGCCGAGCUCGAGGCCGAGCUCGCAAAUGCACGUCGAGAACUGAGCCGAAGCGAGGAGCUGUCACUCAAACAACAGAGGGAACAGAGAGAGAGGGAGGAUAUGGAAGAGAGAAUAACAACAUUAGAGAAGCGCUACCUGGCUGCUCAGCGGGAGACCACACACAUCCACGACCUCAACGACAAACUGGAGAAUGAACUGGCCACCAAGGACUCACUGCACCGACAGAGCGAGGAGAAGGUGCGCCAGCUGCAGGAGAUGCUGGAGAUGGCGGAGCAGAGGCUGGCUCAGACCAUGAGGAAGGCCGAGACACUGCCAGAGGUGGAAGCUGAACUGGCACAGAGAGUGGCUGCACUUUCCAAGGCUGAGGAGCGACAUGGCAACGUGGAAGAGCGGCUCAGACAGCUGGAGUCACAACUGGAGGAGAAGAACCAAGAGCUAGGAAGGGCUCGUCAGAGAGAGAAAAUGAAUGAGGAGCACAACAAGCGUUUGUCUGACACCGUGGAUCGUCUGCUCACCGAGUCCAAUGAAAGACUGCAGCUCCAUUUGAAAGAACGCAUGGCUGCCCUGGAAGACAAGAACUCCCUUAUUCAGGACCUCGAGAACUGCCAGAAACAGCUUGAAGAAUUCCACCAUACCAGGGAACGGCUGAUCGGAGAGAUUGAGAAGUUGAGAAAUGAGAUUGACCAUUUGAAACGCCGCAGCGGGGUGUUUGGCGAUGGAACCCACCCUCGGUCUCACCUGGGUAGCUCCAGCGACCUUCGCUUCUCCGUGGUGGAGGGCCAAGACGGCCACUACAGCACAACUGUGAUCAGGCGGGCACAGAAGGGCAGACUGUCUGCGCUUCGGGACGACCCAAACAAGGUGUGCGCGGUCUUUGAACAGGACUAUCCAUCUCUGCGUGGGAGCGUCAGCCAUCUCCUCGGCAGCGACAUCGAGGCAGAGUCAGACCUGGAUGAUGACGUUAGCUCGACCCUGCUUUCCCCCAGCGGCCAAUCAGAUGCUCAGACUCUCGCUCUCAUGCUGCAGGAGCAGCUUGACGCUAUCAAUGAAGAGAUAAGGAUGAUCCAGGUGGAGAGGGAGUCAGCAGACCUCCGCUCUGAUGAGAUUGAAUCUCGCGUGAACAGCGGCAGCAUGGACGGACUCAAUGUGACACUUCGACCCCGGGCCCUACCCACCUCCGCCACUGCCCAGUCCCUGGCGUCAUCCUCCUCCCCGCCCACCAGUGGCCACUCCACACCCAAACACCACUCACGCAAUGCCAGCCACCAUCUAGGCAUCAUGACUCUGCCAAGCGACUUGAGGAAACACCGCAGGAAAGUAGCAUCUCCUGUGGAAGUGGACAAAGCUACUAUCAAGUGUGAGACAUCGCCUCCCUCGUCCCCCCGCAGUUUACGGCUGGAAACCAAUUUUGCCCAGUUCACGGGCAGUCUAGAGGAUGGCCGAGGUAAGCAGAAGAAAGGCAUCAAAUCAUCCAUUGGCCGAUUGUUUGGGAAGAAGGAGAAGGGUCGAAUGGAGCAGACUGUUGGCAGGGAUGGACAGCCCCUACCAGCCUUAACAGACUUUGAGAUGGGCAUUGGUGACACAAUGACUCUUGGAAAACUGGGCACACAGGCUGAGAGGGACCGCAGGAUGAAGAAAAAACACGAGCUUCUAGAAGACGCCAGGAAAAGAGGCCUGGCAUUUGCCCAGUGGGACGGCCCUACUGUCGUCUCCUGGCUAGAGCUGUGGGUGGGUAUGCCGGCGUGGUAUGUGGCAGCAUGUCGUGCCAACGUGAAGAGCGGAGCCAUCAUGUCAGCUCUGUCAGACACAGAGAUCCAGCGGGAGAUUGGCAUCAGCAACCCUCUACACCGACUCAAACUCCGCUUGGCCAUCCAGGAGAUGGUCUCCCUCACCAGCCCGUCUGCACCACUUACCUCCAGAACGUCCUCCGGAAAUGUGUGGGUGACUCAUGAAGAGAUGGAGAACCUGGCUUCCUCCACUAAAGCGGAGAAUGAGGAGGGAAGCUGGGCACAGUCAUGGUCCAUCCACACAGGUGUUUUCACUUCAGGACUUCCAGACUGUACUCUGGCAUAUGGCGACAUGAAUCAUGAGUGGAUAGGGAACGAGUGGCUGCCCAGCCUCGGUCUGCCUCAGUACCGCUCAUACUUUAUGGAGUGUCUGGUGGACGCACGCAUGCUGGACCACCUGACCAAAAAGGACCUGAGGAGCCACCUCAAGAUGGUGGACAGCUUCCAUAGGGCUAGUCUGCAGUAUGGGAUUAUGUGCUUGAAGAGGCUCAAUUAUGACAGGAAAGACCUGGAGCGCCGGAGAGAGGACAGCCAACACGACAUGAAAGAUGUGUUGGUGUGGACCAACGAGCAGGUGAUCCACUGGGUCCUGUCCAUUGGUUUGAGGGAGUAUAGCGGCAACCUGUUGGAGAGCGGCGUACACGGAUCGCUCAUCGCACUGGAUGAGACCUUCGACUACAGCAGCCUAGCGCUCAUCCUGCAGAUCCCUAUGCAGAACACACAGGCACGGCAGGUUCUGGAGAGGGAGUUCAACAACCUGUUAGCCUUGGGGACAGACCGUCGACUAGAGGAGAGUGGGGAUGACAAGUCAUUUCGACGCUCUCCAUCGUGGCGCAAGAGGUUUCGGGCACGUGAGGGAGGGGCGGGGCUGGGGAUGAUGGCGGGUUCCAUGGAAACACUGCCUGCUGGCUUCCGUAUGCCCUCCAUGUCCAUGCCACCCUCUGUGAAUUUGAUGCCCAAGAAACAGCUCCAGCCUGAAGCUCCUCCCCCGGCGCCCCCGAGACUCGACCCCUCGGCUGUGCGGACCUAUUCAUGCUAACUUCUCUCUGCUUACUAACAGGAGCGCUAAUGCUAACAGUGCAUUCUCAUUACCUAUACGGACACAUGCUUGCGGCCUUUUGAGAGUGAUAUGCCAAAUCCGGAGAGGGAGUCCUGGGUGCAAUCGAGGCGGGGAUCUUCGCCCCUUUGCUGCCCGGCCUCACCUCCCACCUUUCACCUCUCACUUCUCCUUCGGACACGUGCAAUACAGAGGUCAACUCUGACCUUUGAACUCUGAGAGUGCUCAUUGGCUGUGCUCGCUGCUGUAAAAGGAGACUCAUCCCUGUCUCUCCCAGUUUACCCCAGUGCUCCCAGUAGCCUUGUUGUUGUGGUGUUGUGCUCCUGCUCCCCUGGUCUCAGCUGUGGGUUCUUGUCCUGGUUCAAAUCUCUCAACAUGGCCAAGUCCAAACCAAUCCUCCUGUGUCAUCCCGUCCUAGGCAACACAAAAGUUGUUUUGUAAAAAAAGAUUUCAAGGGAUGGUGGCAAGUCGUUGAUUUGGACUUAGGAAUUAUGAAUACUUGUAUAAAUGGCAGAUCCCACUGCACAUUGCCCCUCUACCGGUUAUGCAAGGUAUUACUCAUUUAUCGUCUCUGUACAUAAAAUGGAUGACUUAUGUUUUUUAUAGAAAUAUUAUAUAUAUAUAUAUAUAUAUAUUGGAAAUAUAUAUGGAAAAUAAUAUAAUAUCAUUGCUGUAUGAAACCCAAUGCCCUGUAUUCGAUAGUGACUGUUCUCUCUCUCUCUUUCUCUUUCUUUCUCUUUCUCUUUCUCUCUGUGUCGGACCUUUGUGUGUCUUUUGCCGUAUGCUGUAAGUGUGUGAAUCGUUAGUGGGUGGGUCUCACUAAGGAGGGGGUGUGUUUCUACAAGGACUCUUCACAGGUUCAUGGGUCCAAUUUCAGACUUGUCUCUAGGCCUCUUCUCCUGUUCUUUCCUUUUUCCCUCCUCCUCUUUUGACACUAUGUAGCUGUUAUCUCUCCUCUCUUCGCCUCUCUCGCCUUCAGUAUGACACUAUGUAGCCUAGAAUAGAGAGAAUUCUUUAAUAUGAAGUUUGAGUCUGUGUCUGUGUGUGUGUGUGUGUGUGUCUGUGUGUGAGCAAACGAAUCUCUCUGCUCGAGACUUGUAGAGAAGCUGCGUGUGAAAGGCCGACCCCAGCCAUGUGACCAUGACUUCUCUCUGUGGGUGGGUAGUGUGAACACUUUAGCUCCUCUCUGUUGACUCCUGACUUUCUCUCAAAUCAAACCGUGAACUGCUGCUCAACAUCAGCCAAUGAUAUACACGUAAAACUGUUCAAAGUGACGGACUCGUCUAAUCCUGCUCCGUCACCUCCCAUUUCUUUGCCAUGGAGACGUGCCAGUGAGCAGCCAGUACUCUCGGCCGACAAACUCCUCAUCCAAUGAGAACACAGCAUAUGAACCAGUGAAGUACUGGAUGGGUGUCCAAUCUUUUAUUUUUUAUUUUUUAUUUCACAGUUUUUUCCAAGGUGUCUAAAAGGUGUAAUGUGCUAUGUGGCAGCUAUGAGUACUGUGUCUUUAUUCCAGGUGUGAAACAAUGCUGACAAAUCAAGAUUUUAUUAUUUGGCUAUUUAAAAAAGUGAACUGUAUUUAUGACACUAUAUAGACAUAAGUAAAGCUGUUUUUUAAAGAUU